AUGGCAGACGUCUUGAUGGAACUUCGACAGGUACUCAGUAGUUCCUCUGAGUCAUCCUCAAGUACUUCGUCUAAGUGGAAGAAAGAAGGACAGCCUGAGCUUGGGUUUCCAUUGCUCAAAGACGGCAAAAACAAGGAUUCUAAACCUGUACCACUGGCUUUUGCGUCCUCAAACUCGAAGGCAAAGAGUGGUGGAAUGAAAAACAAAAAGUCAUCUUCGACGAAACGCAAGCUACUUUCGUCCUCUAAGAGCCAGAUGCUAGACCGUGAGAGAGCCGCCUUUCGCCAACGGCAUCGAGGUCUUCGUGCUGGCACUCAGACGAGUAAACAGCAACAAUCGCGCUCUUCCAGUGUGCUAGGUUAAGACCUCAUAUGGUACUACUGGUGCUACUGCCUCCUGGCUUCGGUGCUACUGCUACUACAAGACACUCCAACUAUUCAAAUACAAAUUCAUCUCCAGCACCUUAUUGGUUCUUGGCUAUGAUCAAUCCUCGCCACUUAUCAUAUAAUUUUCCACCAAGAAGCCAUCUUCUUCCUCCGUUUCUUCUAAUGAAUUAUCAUAUAAUUUUCCACCAAGAAGCCAUCUUCUUCCUCCGUUUCUAAUGCGGCACACUGAAGCAGCCCACUGGUGGGGCCAAGGUGCAAGUGAAAGCUAAGGUCGCGGUGCCUGCUAGUAAACUAGCCAAAGCUCUCAACGCGAAUUCGACAGCACUAGCAGGCAAUAUCACAGCAAGCGCAGCAAAGAAUGGCGUUCCAGUAGCUGUCGCAGGCGUGACACCUGUGGCUGCUGGAAAUACUACAACCAGGGUAGUACUCUUUUCAUUUGCAGCUCAUCGAUGGUUUGUCUGACCUUGUCUUCUUUUCGGUACGCGUGAGCAUGCACCCACGUGUAGUACUCUUCAUGACUUUGAGCAUGCUGUCUCCAAACACAAACGAGUCUGAAUGGAUAAUUUUUGUGCAUUGUUAUUGUAAUUGUAUCCUUUAUUCAAGAACAUUUACAAUUUUAUCUGUUGUAUCUUCUUCAUCAUCUUCCGGUUCCGCUCUUUUAACAAGUACCUUAACGUCCAUCCAAACAGCCCGCCACUCCGCCUCCGCCACCUCGUGCUCAACCUAGUGCCUUCCCUAUGGCAGCGACUGUCAGACUAGAAAACGUGCUAGACCGCCUCGUGGACAUGCUCAAAUUUCAAGCCGCGACAAUGGCAAACGUAACACAACAAAUGACCGACAAGGCAGCGAAGGGUCCACCAAUUAUAUUAUGGCUAUGUCGUCGUGCUGAUGGUGAUAGUGAUAAGGUGACGCACGAUCGCGAAUGUAAUUGAUUUUGAGAGGAUAAUGACAUCAAUGACAGACGGGAAGGGCGAUGAAGAUGAUCCGUAGCUGCCUACUGGAUGAUCUUAUUCAGGCAUAGCCAUAUGAUCAAGCACAAUAGAUACUAUCUUUAUAGCACGCAUGGUGCGCGGAGUAGCAUGGAGUGCAUGGAGCGCAGAGCUUUAAGGGGCGCAAGAAGCUCCCCCUUUGGCUCCAUGCUUCUCCAUGCGAUCCAUGCACUCCAUGCCAUGCGAGCUGUGAAACCUUAGAAAUUGCUCUGACUAGAAGAAGUAGUGGGGUACUUGUUGUCGAUGUAGAUCUUCUGUAUUGUACUUGUAUUUGAGAAUGACUCAACCCACUUUGUUCAUACUCCGAUAUGCGUCCGAAACCGCUUUUCGGUGGUGGGGAUACCUUGGGUGCGAUUUUGAAAUUCUUGGGCGAUAUAGCGAAGGGCAACUCAUCAAAAGGCGGACCGGUGAUCAAUGUUGUUAAGAAGAGGGAGACAAUAACGCUAUGUUCAUGGUAGUUUUUGAUUCAACAACGGCAAUGUUCUUCAAUGCAGUUUUUGACUCAACGCUAGGCGGAGAUGAUCAAUGUUCAUGGUAGUUUUUGAUUCAACAACGGAAGAACUGUUCUAACAUCUCUGUCGGAAAAUCUCCUGGAGCAGUGGGUGGAGCAGGUGGAGCUAGCAUGGGAGGUCCUGCGCAAGUAGCAGGAGGCAUGCCCAACGCUGGAAUGCCGAUCAACAUGCCUUCAGGUAUUUAGUACAAAUCCAGAUACUAAUUUAUCAUACCUUCAGGAUUUAGCUAAAUAUGGCUACAUGUACUAUUUUUUAGGAUUUUUAUUAGAUAUAGACGUUUUUUGGAACUAGACUCAUGAAAAAUUGGAACAUUGCGUCAUGAUCUUUGAGAAAGAGAAUGUCGACAUUGAAAAAUCUCUGAAACGGAGUUGUCAUUUGUUUCCCAAUCCAAUUCCAACCUCUUCAAGGUAUGGUAGCCCCAAUGCCUUUUUUCCAGCCUAUGAUGGUUUUUCCGGGUCAGCCUCCUGCGGACGACGAACAAAGUGCUGAUGACUCGUCAUUCUGAAGGGUCUAGGUGUGAGUGGCAAAGAAACAAUUACAAAAAUAUAAGCCUUGUUGAUGGUUAGAACUGUUCCUUCUAGAAGAUUGAAAUCACAAAUAGUGACCACAAUGCUGCGAUGAGGACUAGAUUCGGAUUACAAACUCCGAUACUAAAUUUGCGCCCGAUGACGAUCACCUCAGUAAGGUAACAGGACGAUAAGGAUACAAAAUCAUCUUAUAAAGUACUAGGACAAGGAUUCAAAUAGAAGUAAUUUCACAUUCACUGACUGCUUACCAAACAUUAUAUAUAUAGUUAUACCAAUUAAUUCUAUCUAUUAUGCUCAAGCUAUGGCUAACGCUAAGUAAUAUCAUCCACCCGCCUGUCUUCGAGGAUCGAGUUCAAGAUCAGGUAAUGCUAAUAGAUGUCGAGUUUCACGGCAGAGUCAAUGAAUUUUCAAAAUUCUGAUAAGAAAAAUACACGAAAAAAGCCCAACACAAUGUGCCACAUGAGAAGUCUUUUUUUGUCAUCGAUAAUUACCAAGUACUCCAUCGUAGAGUCCUUAUCAUGGUUCAGCACGUUUCUUGCACUAAAAAAAGUACAAAAACACGAACAUAAAUAACUUUAACUAGCAGUUACAUCAUGUUGAUACCGCGAAUAUGGAUUUUCUUUGUAGAGAAAUGCACAGAUGAAAGAGUAAUAUUUCGGAAAGUUUAGUUACUUAGUAGAUUUUGACAAGUAGCCGGAUUCUCAUUUCCCAGAAGCAAGUCCUCAAGAUGCAGAUCAAGAAGAGCAUAGAGAUGAAAAAUAUUGAAAGACAUCCUCUUGCUCUUCCACGAAGUAAACUAUUGGAAAUCGA